AUGGAAUCCGCUCAAAUCCCAGCCGGGACCCCUGCACCAUAUGGCCGCACAUGUAUGAACUGUUCCCGUGCCAAGUGCAAGUGUAUUCUUCUCACAACUGGUACUGGCUGCGAAAGAUGCCAGCGCCUAAACAAAGAAUGCCGGCCUGCGCAGACAGUCCGCAAGCGCAAUAAGCAACCGUCGGGUUCUAGUACUGCUCAUCUCGAGGCCAAACUUGAUUGGAUUAUGUCCGAAUUUGAAAAGAGGGGUGUUCCCCCUGGUCUUCCAGAUUGGCAACCUGCAAACCUAGGACAGGGUUCACGGCAUGAUCCAAGUCAAUCUGCACCAACCACUCAAAGCCCACCCAGUGUCUCUUCUCUUUCGGCUGCCGAAGAAGGACAAUAUCCUGCAAGGUUUCUACCUUCGUAUGAUAAGGAGAUCUUGUCCCUGAUCUACGUCCCGCCCGCCAUGGCUCAGAAGUGCCUCGACCAUUUCCGCACUCGGAACUUGCAAUAUCUCCCCUUUGUAUACAUUCCUGAUAGUAUGACCUCUGACCAAUUACGACACCAAUAUCCAUUCUUCUGGGUAUGUAUUAUGGAAGUCACCACAUUUAACAACCCAGAAAAAGGCGACUCUUUCGGGAGAAUAACCAACCAUAUUCAUCAGAGAGUCAUGCUUGACCUUGUGCCGAGCAUGGAUCUUCUCCUUGGAAUCAUGACUUUUGUAUCAUGGGUUUCAUACACCAAAAGGCCAUUCUUAAAUGUCUACGCACACAUCCUAAUGGCAGUUGUCGCCGAGCUUGGGAUCAAUGGCCCAAAUGAUUAUUCGGCCAUGAGUUCUUUCAAAGACGCCAUUGGAAUGAAGCAAGCUCCACCCGCAGCCAGAACACUGGAAGAAAGGAGGGCUGUGCUGGGAUGCUACUUGAUUUCAUCAAGCUAUACUACCAGCGCCGCGUUGGCAAUAUCUAGGAUCGAUGCUAUGCGCUGGACACCGCACAUGGAAGAAAGUCUUUCAAUACUCACCGAGGCUAAAGAGUGUCCCCAGGAUGAGCUUUUGGUUGCGCUAGUCAAGAUCCAUUUGGUCUUAGACAGAGUUUAUCAACUGCGGCGGGAUGGUGCGGUUUUUAUCUCACUGCCCUUCUAUCUGGAUAGCCUCAAAAAUCAACUAGACACAGUGAAGGGCCAAAUUCCGCCUCACCUUCAACAUCACAGAGUCAUUCUGCUGUUUCUUUACAAUGCGGAAAUCAUAAUCAACGAAUUAUCAAUAGGCACCCCCGGCAUUUCACAUUCGCCUGAUCCCCAGCGCCUCGACAGCCUUUACACGACCCUCCGAGCAACAAAAGGCUGGCUAGAUGUAUGGAUAGAAUUUGAAGCAGAGGAGUACCUGCAGUUAUCGUGUAUAAUCUUUUUCCAAUUCACUCGAGGAAUUGUCAGCCUGUACCGGCUCACCGUCCUGGAAGACCCGGCAUGGUCCCAAAGUAUGGUCCGAGACACCGCAAAUAUCCUCGAAUAUCUGAACAAAAACGAAGCCAUCAUCAGAAGGUGUCCAGACUAUAUCACUUUCGACCACAGCAGGGAAAUGAACCUUCUCGAAAAGGGGCUGAGAAUGAUCCAAGGCAUGAGAAUGAACUGGGAGCCGAAAUUGAUGGAAAUGUGGCGUUCAGAUAUGCCCGGGGAUAAUGGGAUAAAUAGCGGCAUGAUCCAGUCUGAUGCUGUACUCCCUGAUGUUAUGCCUGUGGAUGAGAUUGAUGAGGCCUGGAUGAUGGACUUCCUUGGCUCGUUAUGA